GCCGCCCCUCGCCGCCCCUCGCCGCCCCUCGCCGCCCCUCGCCAUGAAGGUCGCCGCUGUCGCCCCCUCGCCGCUGCCCGCGGGCGCAGGCGGCGCGCUGAAGGCGGUGCGGCCCGGAGAGGCCGCUCGCUGCGGUCCAGGUCCGGGGAUGACCCCGGGGGCGGCGGAGCAGGCGGCCGCCGCGCUGCUGUACGAUAUGAAGGGCUGUUACUCGCGGCUGCGGGCGCUGGUGCCGACGCUUCCGCGGCACCGGCGGGUCUCCAAGGUGGAACUGCUGCAGCACGUCAUCGACUACAUCUGGGACCUGCAGCUGGCUCUGCAGCGUGGGCCCCCCCGCCCCGCCGCCGCCGGGGACUCCCCCGAGGCUCCGUGCAUGCCCGCUGCCGACCGGAUCCUGUGCCGCUGAGACAGCUCCGGACCUGCCAUGGACAACCCCGGGACCCCGGCCCCGAGCGCUGCGGCUCACCUGCAUCCCAGAACCGCUGGGGCUGGCAGCUGUGGCCCCCUCCCCUGGCGGGGCUGCCGCGGGGGGUCCCCCCGCAGCCUGGGCAAGGGGUGCUACCCAGUGGCCGCGGGACAUAUCCUUCUCAGAUUGCUGAGAGCAUUCCCCGUAUUGUAUAUUACAAUGAUGCUGGAGAAUAUUGUUCUACAAUAGCUGGAGUUUUGUUAUUAAACAAGCCCUGAUG